GGUGCUUCAAUCUUCCGUGUAGCUUGGGGCAGCUAAAAGGAGAGGUCUCCCUUGGUACCAGUCUUCAAUGCAACUACCUUUCCCAAAUCAACACUUCACGACAACUUCCCAGAUUUCACUAUGGCCAUCCUGCCUGUCCUCACAAGACCUAAGAUCCUCAUACCAGAAAAGGUAUCAGCUGACGGUCUAGCACUGUUGCAAGAUCAAUUCGAGGUACAUGAGAAGAAAGGGCUGAGUGCUGAUGAGUUACGCAAUAUCAUUGGCGAUUACGAGGCUCUCAUUGUCCGUUCUGAGACUCAGGUGACAGCAGACCUACUCAAUGCAGCAAAAAAGCUCAAAGUUGUUGCUCGUGCCGGUGUCGGUGUUGACAAUGUCGAUGUCCAAAGCGCAACUAGCCACGGCAUCAUUGUGGUGAACUCAGCUUCCGGCAAUAUCAAUGCUGCCGCAGAACACACUAUAGCUCUUCUGAUGGCUGUCGCUCGCAACAUAGGCGAUGCCUCACAGAGCAUCAAAAAUGGCAAAUGGGAACGCAGUCGAUUGACUGGUGUCGAAGCAAAAGGCAAGACACUCGCGAUUGUUGGCUUGGGAAAAGUCGGUCUCACUGUAGCUAGAAUCGCCAAUGGCCUUGGCAUGCGACUCAUCGCAUAUGAUCCGUAUGCUAACCCUAAUUUGGCGGCAGCGGCAACGGUCGCUCUACGCUCAAGCCUCGCAGAGCUAUUGCAAGAGGCGGACUUCUUGACACUACACACGCCACUCAUCGCGUCCACUAAAGGCAUGAUUGGCAAAGCCGAGCUGGCUACCAUGAAGCCCACAGCUCGGAUUCUCAACGUGGCUCGAGGUGGUAUGAUCGAUGAGGACGCUCUUGUAGAAGCACUUGAUGCAGGUAUCAUUGCAGGAGCAGGCAUAGAUGUCUUCACUUCGGAACCUCCCCAGCCUGACUCCUCCGCAAGCCGACUCAUCUCUCACCCAAAGGUCGUAGCAACACCUCAUCUGGGUGCAUCGACCAAAGAAGCUCAGGAGAACGUCUCUAUCGACGUUUGCGAGCAAGUUGUGCUCAUUCUCUCCGGCGAACUUCCCCGUUCCGCUGUCAACGCACCUCUGAUUCUACCAGACGAAUAUCGCACGCUCCAACCCUUCGUCAGCUUAGUCGAGAAGAUGGGCUCUUUAUAUACCCAACACUACUCUUCCACUAACACGAAAUCAUUCCGUACGACUUUUGAUCUAACCUACGAAGGCAAGCUGGCAAGUCUAAACACUACGAAGCCUCUCUUCGCCGCCCUCGUCAAAGGGCUCUUGACCCCGAUCACAAGCAGCGAUGGCUUAAACAUCAACAUCGUCAACGCCGAGCUGCUCGCUAAAGAGCGUGGUAUCUUGAUCAACGAGCAGCGAUCCCGCGAGAAUGUAGAAGACAAGCCAUACUCCUCGUUCAUCACCCUGCGCGCUCGCGCAAGCCGUUCGACGUCCGCUGCCCGCUCUGGCUCCCGCGCUACAAGUCCAGCUGCGAGCCGCAACUCAAAUCUGUCGAGGGUAGAUACGCACCAAGGCACGUCGCAACCUCCACCAGAACAAGACCAAGUGAUUCAAGGUUUCGUGAGUGGGAACAAGCCUUUCAUUUCAAGGCUUGAUCGGUUCAAGGGCGAGUUCGUGCCUAAGGGUACGUUACUCAUCUGCAGGAACUAUGAUUCGUGUGGAAAGAUCGGGUUUGUGGGGAAUCUGCUUGGGAAAGCAGGGGUCAACAUCAACUUCAUGAAUGUUGCGCCGCUGGAUGAUGAGUUUGAGGAAGAGAGCAACUCUGAGGCUGGAAUGAAGAAGAGUACCGAGGCACUCAUGAUCCUUGGUGUUGACAGGCCUGUAGGGGAAGAUGUUGCGAAGGCUCUGAUUGGUCCCGAGGGCGUGUUAGAAGCGUCGGUUGUUACGCUGUGAGCGGUUGCGGGGAUAUGGCAUGACGUUUUGGUCGCUGGCGAUGGUGAGACGACAGUGUGUCAUGG